GGAGGGAAGACUGCCUGAGGAGAGCUUUCAUUUCCGGGGUUGAGGAGGUCGCGGCGGCGGCAGCAGCAGCGGCGGCGGUGGCGCGAGGGAGCGAGCGAGUGAGGCAGGAGGCGGUGCCUGUGGCCGCAACGGAGGGAGCGGAGGAGCCGCGUCCAUGGCGCUGAGUCUGGACCGCGAGGCCUACUACCGCCGCGUCAAGCGUCUCUAUAGCAACUGGCAGAAAGGAGAAGAUGAAUAUUCCACCAUUGAUGCCAUUGUGGUCUCUGUGGGAGUAGAUGAAGAGACAGUCUAUGCCAAAUCCACUGCCCUGCAGACAUGGCUCUUUGGCUACGAGCUCACCGACACCAUCAUGGUCUUCUGUGAGGACAAGAUCCUCUUCAUGGCCAGCAAGAAGAAGGUGGAAUUCCUAAAGCAGAUUGCAAACAGCAAGAGCAAUGAGAGCACCAACGGGGUGCCGGCCAUCACGUUGCUUGUGCGGGAGAAGAAUGAAAGCAACAAGGCAAACUUCGACAAGAUGAUUGACGCACUAAAGGGCAGCAAGAAUGGCAAGCGCAUUGGGGUCUUCAGCAAGGACAAGUUCCCUGGGGAGUUCAUGAACAGUUGGAAUGAUGCUCUCAACAAGGAAGGUUUUGAGAAGGUGGAUAUCAGUGCUGUGGUGGCCUACACCAUUGCCGUGAAGGAGGAUGGAGAACUUGCCUUGAUGCGCAAAGCAGCUGCCAUCUCUUCAGAGGUCUUCACCAAGUUCCUGAAGGAGCGGGUUAUGGAGAUUGUUGAUGCUGAUGAGAAAGUGCGGCAUAGCAAGCUAGCAGAGUCAGUAGAGAAGGCCAUAGAGGAGAAGAAAUACCUUUCUGGGGCUGACCCCUCCACCGUGGAGAUGUGCUACCCACCCAUCAUCCAGAGCGGAGGCAAUUACAAUCUCAAGUUCAGUGUUGUCAGCGAAAAAAGCUACAUGCACUUUGGAACAGUCACUUGUGCCAUGGGCAUCCGCUACAAGUCAUACUGCUCCAACCUGGUGCGCACGCUCAUGGUUGACCCACCCCAGGAGAUGCAGGACAACUACGCCUUUUUGCUGCAACUUCAGGAAGAGAUGCUGAAAGAACUAAGACAUGGUGCAAAGCUGUGUGAGGUCUACGCUGCUGUCAUGGACAUGGUGAAGAAGCAGAAACCAGAACUCUUGAGCAAAAUCACCAAGAACUUGGGGUUUGCCAUGGGCAUUGAGUUCAGAGAAGGUUCCCUUGUGAUCAACAACAAAAAUCAGUAUCGUCUCAAAAAAGGGAUGGUGUUCAGUCUCAACGUGGGGCUCUCAGAUUUGUCAAACAAAGAGGGAAAGAAGCCAGAGGAGAAAACGUAUGCACUGUUCAUAGGAGACACCGUGUUGGUGGAGGAGGAUGGCCCAGCUACUCUCCUGACUUCUGUCAAGAAGAAGGUCAAGAAUGUCAGCAUCUUGCUCAAGAAAGAGGAUGAGGAGGAGGAGGAAGAAGAAAAGGAUGACCCUGAAAUCCUGCUUGGCCGUACCUCCCGGACAGCCCUGCUGACCGACAGAACUCGGAAUGAGUUGACAGCUGAAGAGAAGCGCCGAGCACAUCAGAAGGAACUGGCCACGCAGCUCAACGAAGAAGCCCGACGGCGGCUGACAGAGCAGAAAGGGGAGCAGCAGAUUCAGAAGGCUCGUAAGUCAAACGUCUCAUACAAGAACCCAUCCCUUAUGCCAAAGGAGCCUCAUAUCCGGGAAAUGAAGAUCUACAUUGACAAGAAGUACGAGACUGUCAUUAUGCCCGUCUUUGGCAUUGCCACGCCUUUCCACAUUGCCACUAUCAAGAACAUCAGUAUGUCAGUGGAAGGUGACUACACCUACCUGCGAAUCAACUUCUAUUGCCCAGGCAGCGCUCUGGGUCGCAACGAGGGCAACAUCUUCCCAAACCCUGAAGCCACCUUUGUGAAAGAAAUAACCUAUCGGGCAUCCAACAUAAAAACGCCUGGUGAGCAAACAGUGCCAGCUCUCAACCUACAGAAUGCCUUCCGCAUCAUCAAGGAGGUGCAGAAGCGCUACAAGACCCGUGAGGCUGAGGAGAAAGAGAAGGAGGGCAUCGUCAAACAAGACUCUCUGGUGAUCAACCUGAACCGCAGCAAUCCCAAGCUAAAGGACCUCUACAUCCGCCCCAACAUUGCCCAGAAGAGGAUGCAGGGGUCUCUGGAGGCUCAUGUCAAUGGUUUCCGCUUCACCUCUGUGCGGGGGGACAAGGUGGACAUCCUGUACAACAACAUCAAGCAUGCCGUGUUUCAGCCCUGUGAUGGGGAGAUGAUCAUUGUGCUGCACUUUCACCUCAAGAAUGCCAUCAUGUUUGGCAAGAAGCGCCACACGGACGUGCAGUUCUAUACCGAGGUGGGCGAAAUCACCACAGACCUUGGCAAGCACCAGCACAUGCACGACCGCGACGACCUCUAUGCUGAGCAGAUGGAGCGUGAAAUGAGACACAAGCUGAAAACAGCGUUCAAGAACUUCAUUGAGAAGGUGGAGUCCCUGACCAAGGAGGAACUGGAAUUCGAGGUGCCUUUCCGGGACCUGGGGUUCAAUGGCGCCCCCUACAGAAGCACUUGCCUGCUCCAGCCAACCAGCAGUGCCCUGGUGAAUUGCACUGAGUGGCCCCCGUUUGUGGUGACACUGGAUGAGGUGGAGCUGAUUCAUUUUGAGCGGGUACAGUUCCACCUGAAGAACUUUGACAUGGUCAUCGUCUACAAAGAUUACAGCAAGAAGGUCACCAUGAUCAACGCCAUCCCUGUGGCUUCACUCGACCCCAUCAAGGAGUGGCUCAACUCUUGCGACAUUAAGUACACGGAAGGAGUACAAUCCCUCAACUGGACCAAAAUCAUGAAAACGAUUGUGGAUGACCCGGAAGGCUUCUUUGAGCAAGGGGGCUGGUCAUUCCUUGAGCCCGAGGGAGAGGGAAGUGACGCCGAAGCUGGGGAGUCCGAGUCCGAGAUAGAGGAUGAGACAUUUAACCCUUCCGAGGAAGAGUACGAGGAUGAGGAGGAAGACAGUGAUGAGGACUAUUCUUCUGAGGCCGAGGAAUCAGAUUACUCCAAGGAAUCCCUGGGCAGUGAGGAGGAGAGUGGGAAGGACUGGGAUGAGUUGGAGGAGGAAGCGCGGAAAGCUGACCGCGAGAGCCGGUACGAGGAAGAAGAAGAGCGGACCCGCACCAUCAGCCGUAAGAGGAAGGUCCCAUCAUCCCAGAGUUCCGGGCAUCACCGCAGUUCCCACAGUCGCAGCCCCGGCCGGAGCUCAGGUCCCCCCAAGAAGAAGAGGAAGUAGCCGGUGAACUCGGGCCCUUCCCAUCCUCCAGUCCUGGGGCGGGGUGGGGCUUUGAGGCCUCAUCCAGCAGCCAAUGUUUCAGGUCUGGUGGCAGCCAGCCCUUUCCCCACGAACUCUUCAUCUUUCCCCACACACCCCCUUGCCCUUUUCCGUUUCUCUGGGGAGUAUUUUCGUUCUGUUUUGUUUUUGUUCCUCGAGUCUUUUCUGACCAUUUUGUACGGACCAAUCAGCUGUGAGGGAAUUCCAGGCCUUGCUCUCUUGUGGUGUCACGCAAACUCUGCCAAGCGGGAGGGUAGAAAGGCAGUGUUGGGGGGUGAGGCUGAGGAAUCUGGUGUCAGUGAUGCUGUUCUCUACAGUUCCCAUCUCCCCUUUUCCUUGCUCUCCUCUUCCCCCCCCCCGCCCGCCACCUGUAGGGCAUAUUGACUCUAACCCCUUCACCCCCAUAGCUCCUCCCUGGCUCCCAGUGUGUUUAUUGUUAGACAGAUUUGGGGGGCAGCUUGGCCUGAGAACUACUCCAGAGUAACAGCAUGUACUUCAGUGAAGCGGACUGUGCUACUUUUCUUGGCGUCUUGCGCUGGUGGGGAAAGAGGGCGGUUGUGUCGAGUUUCUUCAAGCAAAGCCCUGUAAGAUACGGGAAGGCCUGCUUUGGGGCAGUGACGGAGAGGAGGGCGAGAAUUAAUCAAGGAUUGGGGGAUGACACAGGCAAGAGAAAAGGCUUCCUGCUUUCGUUGCUUUUGUUUUCUUCUUCAUUGUCAGCCUCUGUAUUUAUCUGUUUUCUCGGUAGCCGAGUCAGGUCUCCGGUAAGCAAGUGUUUGAGGGUGGGGUGGGGGGGUUUGAAUGCAUUGCCUACUCUCUGCCUCCCUUUUUCCUGUGGGGAGGGGUCAACGAUCCAGGUGGGGGUGGCGGGAGUAGAGGCUUUCUCAAUUUUUCCCCGUAGCCGUUAGCACUCUUGGUAUUUUUGACUUUGGAAAAAAAAAAUCUGAUCAAUAAAAAUGUUUUUUUUUAAAGUA